CCCCCUCCGCCCUCCCGCCUCAACUCAGUGUGGCUUACAGUCAGUGCGGCGUGUCGACCAUCCGCCCGGCCCGGACAGCCAGCGUCUCUCGGCCCAAGCCGCCAGCAUGUCCUUCCUGGACCAGCCCUGGUGCCCCACCGGCGUCCAGGUGACGGUCCUCCAAGCCCGCGGCCUGAGGGCGAAGGGCAAAGGCGGCACCAACGAUGCCUACGCGCUCAUACAAGUGGGCAAGGACAAGUACCAGACCUCCGUGGUGGAGAAGAGCGUGGCGCCCGUCUGGAAGGAGGAGGCCGCCUUCGAGCUGCCUCAACACGGCGCCGGCGGCGACAAAGCCGCGCUGCACGUCCACGUCCUCCACCGGGCUCUGGUGGGUCCCGACAAGCUGCUGGGUCAGGCCGUCAUCAACCUGCUGCUUCUCAGCGAGGACAAGACCCGCCACAAGACCGAGUGGUUCAGGUUAUUGGACAAGACAGGCAAGGCGGACAAAGACCGAGGCGAGGUCCUGGUGGACAUCCAGUUCCUGAGGAACAACAUGACGGCCAGCAUGUUCGACCUCUCUGCCGCUGGCAAACCCCGAUCCCGCAUGGGCAAGCUGAAGGACAAAGUCCGGGGCAAGAAAAAGGAAUCGGAUCCGGCGGCGACGCCGUCCUUCACGCAGGUUCUGACCGACAGCGAGGAAGACGGGGCGGAGGACGGCGGCCAGGCAGCCGCGGGAAAAGAAGAGAAGAAGAAAAAACACAAGUUAAAGUCUUUGUUUUCUCACAAGUCCAAUCUGCAGAGGAACAUGUCGCAGUCCAUGUCGGUGCUGCCCGCCAAGAACUCCUCGCUGAGCGGCAGCUUGUCGUCUGGCCUUAAUAUCGACGCCUCGGAAGGCAAGAAGAAGUUCAAAUUCAUGAAGCACAAACGCUCAGGAAGCUCAGACAGCAAAGAUCCAUCCGGUCAGAAGCACUCCUCCGUAGAGAAAAGCAACCUGUGCAUCAACGGCAGCCAUGUUUACUGCGAGGAACCUCCGCCUCGCGCCGCUCGCAACGCCUCCAGCUUCAGUCUGGUCAGCUCUGGCCACGGGUCUAUGGAUGAUGUUCCGGAAAGCUCUCCACCGUUGGUCAAUUCGCUGCCUGCAAUAAGGCAGUACACCGCCUGGGAGGAGGAGGAGGAGGAGGAGGAGGAUGGGAACGCCAACGAGGAGAUGCUGACGAGGAAGAUGAUUGACAGGUUUGAUGAAGAGGAAGGAUGUGGAGAAGAAGGGGAAAGAUUAGAGGAGAUGAAGAAUGAAGAGAAGGCCAGAAAAGAGGAAGAGGAGAUGAGAAGAAAAGAAGAAGAAGAAGAGCAGGAAAGACUGGCAGAGGAAAGGAGGAGACGAAAAGAAGAGGAAGAGAAUCAAGAAAAGGCAAAGAAGGAGGAGCAAGAGAGGAGACGACAGGAGGAGCUGGAAAGAGCAGAAGAGAAGAGGAGACUGGAGGUAGAUGAGAGGAAAAUGAAGGAAAAAAAGGAGGAAGAGAGGAAGGAACAAGAAAAGUUGGAACAGUUAGCAGUGGAGAAGAGGAGACAGGAAGAAGAAGAAGAGAGGAGGAAUGAAGAAAAGGUGAAAAAGGAGGAAGACAUGAGAAGACAAGAAGAGCGGGAAAGACUAGCUGAAGAAGAGAGAAGAAAUGAAGAAAAGAUGAGAAAGGAGGAAGAGGCAAUGAUGAGAAGACAAGAAGAAGAAGAGCGGGAAAGACUAGCCGAAGAAAAGAGGAGAAAGGAAGAAGAAGAGAGAAGAAAUGAAGAAAAGGUGAAAAAGGAGGAAGAGGCAAUGAUGAGAAGACAAAAAGAAGAAGAGCGGGAAAGACUAGCCGAAGAAAAGAGACAGGAAGAAGAGAGAAGAAAUGAAGAAAAGGUGAGAAAGGAGGAAGAGGCAAUGAUGAGAAGACAAGAAGAGCAGCGGGAAAGACUAGCGGAGGAAAAGAGGAGAAAGGAAGAAGAAGAGAGGAGAAGAAAUGAAGAAAAAGUGAGGAAGGAGGAAGAGGCAAUGAUGAGAAGACAAGAAGAAGAGCGGGAAAGACUAGCUGAAGAAGAGAGAAAAAGAAAUGAAGAAAAGGUGAGAAAGGAGGAAGAGGCAAUGAUGAGAAGACAAGAAGAAGAGCGGGAAAGACUAGCUGAAGAAGAGAGAAGAAGAAAUGAAGAAAAGGUGAGAAAGGAGGAAGAGGAGAUGAAAAAACAAGAAGAGCGGGAAAGACAAGCAGAGGAAAAGAGGAGAAAAGCAGAAGAGAGGAGAAGAAAUGAAGAAAAGGUGAGAAAGGAGGAAGAGGCGAUGAGAAGACAAGAGGACGAGCGGGAAAGACUAGCAGAGGAAAAGAGAAGAAAUGAAGAAAGGGUGAUGGAGGAGGAGCAAGAGAGGAUUAGAAGACAAGAAAAAGAAGAGCUGCUAAGAGCAGAAGAGAAAAGAGUCGCGGAAGAAGAGUGGAAAAUGACUAAAGAAAAGGCCAAGAAGGAAGAAGAGAGGAUAAGACGAGAAAAAGAAGAGCAAGAAAGACAAGCAGAGGAAAAGAGAAGACAUGAAGAGAAAGUGAGAAAGAUGGAAGAGGAGAGGAUGAGAAGGGAAGAACUGGAACGACUAGCAGAAGAAAAGAGGAGGCUGGUGGAAGAAGAGGGAAAAAGGAAUGAAGAAAAGAUGAAAGAGGAGGCGGAAGAGCGAGUGAGGAAAGAAAAGGAGCUAGAACGGUUAGCCAUGGAGAAGAGGAGACUGGUGGAGGAAGAGGAGGAGAGGAUGAGACGACAAGAAGAGCAUGAAAGAUUAGCAUUAGAAGAAAAGCAGAAGAGGGAGGAAGAGGAGGAGAGGAUGAGAAGGCAGGAACAACUUCUAGAAGAGGAGAAGAAACUGGAGGAAAAAGAGAAGAUGCAACGACAAGAACAGGAGAGGAGAAAAAGGGAGGAAGACGAGGAGAGAAGAAGAAUGGAGGAAGAAGAACAGAAAAGAGAAGAGGAGCGCAUGAGGAAGGACCAAGAAGACAUGAUCAGGAGGAUGGAAGAACAAAAGAUGGAGGAGAAGAGGAGAGAACCUGCAGAGAGUCUGACACACUCUGCUUCUUCUUCCACCAAUCCUUUUGAUGAGGAGGAUCCUGACUCUACUUCCGGGUCAAAGGGCAGCACAGAGGCCGCCAUCUUGGACAGCUGUCAAGUGGGGAGCAGAGCCCUUUCUGUGGAUGAAAAGAAGCGACCGGCUCCUCUUCCUCCGAGUACGACUGCAGUGGUCAGACCUGACCCACGGCAUCCGAGGCUAAACGCCAAGCAAAAUAAAGACAAGGAGGUGAAGACCGCCAGUGUUCCACCUCAGAGCAGACGUCUCCCAGAUGCAAAACACACAAAGCGUGCAGCACCGUCAAUACCUCGGUCGGCGUCUUCGAAUCCAUUUGAAGACGAGGACGACGAUGACGACGCAGCAUCAUCCUCUCACGAUCACACUUCUGUGUCAUGGCCUCCACCUGUGUCCCCAUCUCCCGACGCGGCGCCUGAAACCAAAGGCAAAUCCUCCAAGGCACGCGCACCCGCACCUCCAUCUAAGACUCUCGCCGCCACACUAAAUAACGAGCCAAACCCUGACCACGCCCACACCGCGCCUCAGGACAGUCGGGCCGAGUCGCACCAGGAGAGUCCGCCGAAUGAAGCUGCAGGCCGGAAGGACGUGCCUCCUGUGGCGCUGCGCAGACUUCAUCCAGUCAAGCCCCUCGGUCCCCUGGAACAGCAUCCUCUCUCAGACAUCCCAAGAGAAACCGCUGACAACGCUGGGCUCCUCGGUCCAGUUCUAGAAAACACAGAGGUGAAAGAAAGCCAUGCCAAGGGACCGUAUUCCAUGCUGACCACGGAGGAACUCAUCUCCCUGGUGGUGAGACAGGAGAGCCAGCUGCAGGAGAAGAACGCAAGAAUCGCUCACCUGGAGCAGUACAUCGACAACCUGCUUGUUCGUGUCAUGGAGGAGAAACCCAGCAUUCUCAUGUCUCUGAAGAAGGUGGUCUAAUUCCUACACAGACACUCUACCUUUUUCCUCUAACUUAGUUGCAUUCCAGGUUUAAGCAGUGCUGAUGUAUAUUUACAUGUUUAACGACGCCAACAACGUUUAAAUCAACCGUCUGUCUUCAAUGUAAGAUUUGCCUUCCAGGUGUUUAAAACUAUGCAGUUGUUACACGCCUUCUUGCACUGAUUGUUCAAUGUUUACAUGAUGAUCUCCAGAAAAGAUAAAAAAAAGCACUUUACUUGGCUUGCUAUUUUUACACUGAAGUAUUAAACUAUGCAAAACUAAAA